GUAAAACAUAAGACUCUCUCUCUAUAUACACUAUUACUUACAGUACCAAAUCUAGCUUAACUUCGAAUCAUGCACAAAUUCAUAUAGUUUUCUUCAAGGCGCGAGUAGAUCUUCCAUCAGGUUGAUCUAGAUUUCCUUUAUUACUCGUCGAUCUGAAACUUCUUUCCAUUUUGCUUGUUUUGCACUAGAGUUCUUGAGUAGCCUAAUCGAUGUGGAGUAGGAAUUAAUACGACAAUGGGAGAUUUUAAAGCAAGAUGUAAAGUUGCAAUAUUGGUCAUUCUUUUCAUAUGGAUUGGUCUUUCUGCUCUUUACGGAUUGUUAAAACCAAUUUCAAAUGGAUGUGUGAUGACAUACAUGUAUCCUCAGUAUAUUCCUAUCUCAUCAUCUGAAACCAUCUCAACAUCCAAGUAUGGACUAUACUUAUAUCAUGAAGGAUGGAAGAAGAUUGAUUUUAGUGAGCAUGUAAGGAAGCUUCGCGGUGUUCCUGUUCUUUUCAUUCCUGGAAACGGUGGGAGCUAUAAGCAGGUUAGGUCAUUAGCAUCUGAAUCUGAUAGGGCGUAUCAAGGAGGUCCACUUGACAGUACAUUUUAUCUAGAAGCCUCUCUUGACGAUAUGAGCUCGGCUGGAUUUUCUUUACCAAGGCAGUAUACUUCCAUGCUAGAUUGGUUUGCUGUGGACCUUGAAGGUGAACAUUCUGCAAUGGAUGGUCAAAUUCUGCAAGAACAUACAGAAUAUGUGGUUUAUGCUAUUCACAGGAUUCUUGACCAAUAUAACGAUUCACGUGAAACUCAAGUAAAGCAGGGAGGUUCUUUCUCUAGGAGUCUUCCAAAGAGUGUUAUAUUGGUGGGUCACUCAAUGGGAGGGUUUGUUGCUAGAGCUGCAACCAUACACCCGCAUUUGAGAAAGUCAGCUGUUGAAACAAUUGUCACUCUAUCAAGCCCUCACCAGUCACCCCCUAUAGCAUUGCAACCUUCCUUGAACCACUAUUAUGAUAAUGUGAAUCGGGCUUGGCAAAAGGGAUAUGAGUCUCAUGUUUCAAGAAGCGGACUUCAUCUAUUGGAUCCUCCUCUCUCUCAUGUCGUUGUUGUCUCCAUCUCUGGUGGAAUUCAUGAUCAUCAGGUGCGGACCAAGUUAGAGUCCCUGGACGGUAUUGUUCCUCCCAGUCACGGUUUUAUGAUAAGCAGUUCCAGCAUGAGGAAUGUCUGGUUAUCAAUGGAACACCAGGUUAUCAUGUGGUGUAAUCAACUUGUUGUGCAAGUGUCCCAUACAUUGCUCAGUCUGGUGGACCCACAAACUGAUCAGCCAUUAGUUGAUCCAAGGAAGAGACUUACUGUAUUCACUAGAAUGCUUCAAAGUGGGGUACCACAAAGUUCAAAUUUGUUGAAGAAUUCAUUAACUCGUCCACUGUCGAAAUUUCAUGUUGAAGAUGGGAAACAGCUUGCUGGAACUCAGGGGCAUGAGCUUUCUCCUUGCCCUUCUAAUCUUCAUUGGGGUGAUGAUGGUCUAGAACGCGACCUAUAUAUCCGGACAGCUACUGUUACUGUUCUAGCAAUGGAUGGGAGAAGACGUUGGAUGGAUAUCAGAGAACUGGGUUCCAAUGGGAGCAGCAACUUCUUACUUGUUACAAAUCUUCAACCAUGUACGGGGAUCAGGCUGCAUCUUUGGCCUGAGAAAGGAAAAUUAGGUUCUGACCUUCCAGUCAGUCAAAAAGUUCUAGAAGUAACAAGAAAAAUUAUGCAAAUUCCUUCAGGACCAACACCGAAGCAGAUUGAACCAGGUAGUCAAACUGAACAACCUCCUCCAUCAGGUGUAUUGUGGUUGAGUCCUGAAGACAUGCAUGGCUUUCGGUUCUUGACCAUCUCAGUCGCACCUCGUCCGACUAUUUCAGGCAGGCCUCCCCCUGCAGCUUCUAUGGCAGUUGGGCAGUUCUUCAAUCCAAAAGAUGGGUUGACAGAGUUAUCCCCUUGGGUGUUGUUUUCAUCAUCGUAUUCUGCUGAGAACAUAAUAUUGGAAGAGAAUCAUCCUCUUGCUAUCAACUUAUCACUGGCUAUUGGUGUGGGUCUUUUACCAGCUAAGUUAUCUUUGAGAGCGACAGGAUGUGGAAUUAAAAGAUCUGUAUUGACUGUUGAGAAUUCUGGAAAUGUGGAGAAUAGCAAACUUUGCAAAUUGCGCUGCUUUCCACCUGUAGCACUUGCCUGGGAUGUUACAUCUGGUCUUCACAUAUUCCCAAACUUUUAUUCAAAGACCAUUAUGGUAGAUUCUUCAUCAGCACUUUGGGGUUCCUCAUGGGGUCCUGAGAAAACCUCCGUUAUCUUGUUGGUUGAUCCACAUUGUUCUUACAUUGUGAGUCUAUCUGUUUCUUCCACUGCUGCUGCGGGGAGAUUUUUGUUGUUGUACGGCACAGAGAUUGUUGGGUUUUCAAUUGCUAUAAUAUUUUUUGCCUUAAUGCGGCAAGCACAUGCCUGGGAGCAUAAUUUGUCUGUACCAUCAAUAUUGUCAGCUAUUAAUUCCAAUUUGAGAAUACCACUACCAUUUACGAGUCUUGUUGUUUUGCCUCUCUUGGUCGUUCAAAUAUUUUCUUUCAUAAUGUAUCGUCCCUGCCCUCCAUUUUUAAGCUUCGUCUCCAUAUCAACCAGUUGCUAUAUGUUUGCCAAUGGUGCCAUGAUUAGUUUGGUAUUAAUCUCCCGAUGGAUCUUCUACGUGGGUGCAUCAAUACAUGUUUGGAUCAAAUUACGUUUUCAACUAUGGGAAAGAAGCUUUAGUCUUGCAUUUUUUAGUUGGUUUAUCAAUCUUUCUUCUAGCUUCUUAUCAUUAAAGGCAGUUAAGAUUGCAAUAUUGAAUCCCUUGCUAGUUACUGCAAUUGUUGCAAUCAGCCUUGUGUGCUUUGUUCAUCCGGCACUGGGACUAUUUGUUUUGCUUGUGUAUCAUGCGCUGAGCUGUCAUAGGACAUUGUCCAGCUUCUUGACUGCUUCUUCUUCUCAUGCUCGGGCCGAGGAAUCGUCGUCCUCCAACGAAAGCUCCCUUUCUGAUGAUAGUUGUUGCAACACUCCAGAAUCUUCUAAAAGCUUUAGUGAAACCCAAUUGGAGAUAUUCCACCACCAACACGGCUUGCUUAUCUUGCAUCUUCUUGCACUACUGAUGUUUGUCCCAUCCCUAGUGGCAUGGUGGCAGAGAAUGGGCAUGGGUCAAACCUUUCCGAGGUUUGUGGAUUCUGCUUUAUGCAGUGCAGUGAUCCUCCACGCCGUUUGUGAUUCAAAGCCUGAAUUCAAUUUCUUUUUCUUUCCGUUGGCGAAAAUCUUCCCUAGUUGGGAGUUAAGAUUGAGUUUUGCCUAUAUGAUCGGUGGUUAUUAUACUUUUAUCAGUGGAUUAAGCCAAGAACCGUAUAAAGCAUUCUACCCAAUGGGAAUUAUCGGGUUAAUUUCCUUGGUUUACAGGAUCGUCCGAAGAAGAAAUGGAAGUAAUAGCCGCAAACAUUCUCAUAGACACUAAAGAAAGGAGCUUAAGUUGGUGGUGUUGUUGUUGUUGACCGAUUUAAAACAUUUUUGGUUUUGUUUGGUGGCUGGCUAUCAGAUUUAGAGCUUUUUUGGAUUUUUCUUCCUUGUCCGUUUGUCUGUCAAUAGUAAAGAAACAUAGUCUCAUUGGAUUCAACGUUUUUCUUUCUUGUGGAUGAUAGAUAACAAAGGCAAGGACGAGAUGCCGCACAAGACUAGAUCAGCUUCUUUUCUUUGUUAUAUAUUAUUUGUUUGAUA